AAAUCUACCAAGAAGUGAAGCUAAGAGAUGGCCGGCAGUCACUCGACGGAAGGAUGGGUGGACGUCCAGAAGAACACAUUCACGCGUUGGGCAAACUCGCAUCUGUCCAAGAAGCGCAUGGAAAUUGACGAUCUGUACGAGGAUCUCAAAGACGGCUUGCGCUUGAUUGCGCUGUUGCAGAUCAUAUCUCGUCAACCCAUUGCCGCGAAAUACAACCGCAACCCCAAAAUGCGCAUCCAAAAGCUAGAAAACCUCAACCUGAUCUUUGGGUUCAUGGCCAGGAACAACAUGACGAUCACCAACAUUGGCUCGUCCGAUAUCGUCGACGGCAACAGCAAGCUCGUGUUGGGGUUGAUGUGGACGAUCAUUAAGAGCUACCAAGUCGGAGAGAUCGCAGUCGACGGCGUGUCCGGCAAGGACGGCCUCCUCUUGUGGGUCAAGCGGUCGUUGACCGACUACCCCACCGUAGACGUGACCAACUUCACGUCGAGCUGGACCAACGGCAUUGCGUUUUGUGCGCUGAUCCACAAGCAUUACCCGACGUUGUUGGACUUUGACAGUUUGUCCCCCAACGACGCCGUCGAAAACGUGUCUUUAGCGUUUGGGUUGAUGGAAGCCAAGUUUGGCAUCCCGCAACUGCUCAAUGUGGCCGACGUGGCCGGCAACCCCAAGCCCGACGACAAGUCCAUCAUGACCUACGUUUCGCUCUUGUUCCAGGAAUUUGCAUCGGGGGUCCAAAAGAAGAAGGCGAUCACGACCAUCUGCAAGGCUGUGGCGAUGGCCCAGCGCAUUUCCGAGUGCAAAACCCAGUACGAAACUUCGGCGCCGACGCUCUUGGCCUGGUAUGCCAACAAGUGCCAAGCAUGGACGGCCCCGGACCAGACGGCGUCGUUAAAGUCAGUCCAAGCAUUGUUGCUCCAAUUCAACGACUACAAGCGCAACGAACGUCCCCAAUACGAAGCAUCGUUUGUGGAACUGGAAAGCGUGAUGGGUCGUUGGGUGGCGAGUUGCAAGAACAAUCAUCGAGACGUGCCGACCUUGACGCCGUCGUUCGACUCGAUUGCCCAACUGCGCAAACAAUUGCAAGAGGUCGAAGUGCAGUACGAAACCGCUUGUCGGUCGCAUGUAUUGCAAUGCCAGCAAACCGAUGCGAUUUUGAACGCAGUGUUAUUGGACUUGACCAAAUUGGAGACGUGGUUGGACAAGGUGAAUGUGGAUUUUCCGCAGGAUGAGUCGAUCCAGCCAUGCACCAACUCUGCCGACGCCGAACAAGCGCUGGAGGGUCUGCGCUUCUUCCACGAAGUUGAAGUGGGGCGGUACCAGCAGCUUCUCACGCGCGUCCAUUUGGCAGUGGAAACCAAACUCGCAGGCCAAACCACCGCCGCGAGUGCGAUCGCCCGUGUAAACGCGACGCAAAUCGCGUUCACAGCCACGUUGGACCGCAUGCAGGGCCUGCAAGUGCGUAUGAAGGACACGCUAGAGUUCCAGCGUCAUGUAGACGGCGUGGUCAAAGCGAUGCGACUCACGACCCAGACGCUCAAGAACGACAUGGAGUUGCUCGAUGAGACGAUUGACGCGCAAAACGUUCACGCGAUUGUGCUCGACGACUCGACGGGUGACGAGGAAGCGGCGCUAGUAGCUAUGAAGGCCGCGUUUGAGGCGGACGUGGCGCCCCUCGUGGAAUCGACGGUCGUGUCUGUGUUUGCCGCGGAGCUUGAAUCCAAGCGUGAGACGCUCGAACGGGCCCAUCGAGACACGGAACUGCUGGCGCUCGAUGCAUUUGGCCGUCGAGUGGACGUGUUGAAGGCCAAAGUGGACGCCAAGCUGGCAGAAUUGAAUCAAGCCGUGACAGACGCCCAACGUCGCGUGUCGUUGAGCGUCGAGUUUGCCAAGGUGGCGACCAAGAUGGUGGAGCUGGCGGCGGGGAUUUCCACUCAGAUUAACGCGGCGGACGGGUCGUUGGACGAGCAAUUGGCGGCGCUUGAAUCGUUGGACGCUUUGCAAAUGCACUCAAAGGAUGACCCGACGCACUUGUGCUCCGUGAUGGACGAGUUGGAAGGCGUCAACGAGUCGCUUGAGUCCCUUCGUGUAUUUACAAACCCCCAUACGACAGAAACCAUCCAAUCGUGUCGAGCGACAUUUGCAUCGCUACAACAGGCGCUGAUGGAACGGCAGCAAGAGCUGGAGAAGGAGAUCGCGAUGGACAAGCUCGGACACAUCACGCCGGCGCAGCUGAAUGAAGUGAACGAAGUGUUCCACCAUUUUGACCUCAACAAGGACGGCAAACUCGCGCGCGACGAGUUUAUCAUGGCAUGCAAAGGCCUGGGCUUUGACAUGACUGAAGACGCAUGUCAUGAUGUGUUUGAUAAGCUGGACACGGACAAGAGCGAUGAAAUCGACUUGCAUGAGUUUAGCACGUUCUGCGCCGACCAGCUGCAGUCGGGGUCGACGCAAGCCGACGUCCACGCGGCGUUUGAGAUCCUCGCGCGAGACAUGGCCAUUACCCAGGACAAAUUGCACGAACACUUUGAUGCGUCCAUCAUUGAAUAUUUGCUGGCGCAUAUGCCGCCGCUGGCCCCGUCGAAAGAAGACGAAGGCGACGAGGAUCAACGUGGCCACAAGUACGACUACAAUUCGUUUGCGGCCGCCUUGUUUCAGUAGGAAAAACAAAGGGCGAGUGAUGAUAUAUACAACAACAACAUCAAUGGAGUUGGUUUGGUUGCCUAUAUAUAUAU